GACUGAAAGGAGGGAUGGGGUGGGGUGAUGGAGCCGAUCCUGGGGCCUGGCCCCCCGCUGCCACCACCUUUCAGCCUUCUUCUAUUACUUGGUCUCCUUGUCAUAGGGAUCUGGUCAUUGCUGCCUGGGCAUCAAAGGGGGGAGCUGUUGUCAGCCAAGAUCAGCAAGACUUUACGGCAGCAAAAAGUACCAGAGAGCCAAAAAGUCACAAAAGUUCCACCUCCACAUUGGGAGGACAAUCUCCAGAUGGAAUGUACAGGUUCUGACCUGGCCUGUUUUUCAGGGCUCCCUGUGGGCUGGGCCCAGAAUUAUACUCUCUGGUCAAUGGAUAGGAGCCUCCAGAAUAUUUUUCAGCACCUGGACAUUGCAAGAUCCAGUCUCAUGAACUUGUCCACAUCUUCUCAAGUGACCUCAACUCCUUCCUCCAGCUCCUCUACUACUGGGCCUCGGGACUUACAAACCCUGACAUGCUAUGAGUGCCACAGCCCAGAGUUUUCUAGAGUCCAGAGUUCUUCUCUUCACACCAAUCUCAGUGCAACUCAAUCCCUUGCCUAUAUUUUUAGAGAAAGCCUAGAACAUAGGAGCCACAGUCUACCUAACCCCUCCAAAAAUUAUUCUGGACAAGCACGGAUACAGUCCCUGCCUCCAUUUCUGCUUUCUCAAGAUAAAAAAGAUACCACAGAGAAUAUGUCUUUGGACAACUCUGCCUACAACUCCCCUGAUGAACAAGGGCUUUGUGAGACUCAAGCAGUAGAGGACAAGAAUGAUAGCUGGGUCCCCAAGGAGAUCAGGAAUUCCUUGGACCUCCAUAUAAGGAAAAAGCUUGCCCAACGUUUGGCCCCUCCUCCAAUUUUCAGAACCAUAAAACUCUCUAUCAGCCCAUAUCCUUUGGCCUCUAGUCCCAUGAGAGACAAAAAGACAACAAAAAAGAAGGGAGGAAAUAGAGUUCUUAAAGUUUCAAAUUCUCCAUCUUCAAAUCUUCGUGGAAGACCCCGGCUCCCAUGCUGGGCUCCAAUUAAACUUUCAAGAUCUGCCAGGUGGGUGCUGGAGGGACACAUGGCCUGGAAAGUAUGUACACUGAGGGCCCAAAGAAUACCUGCAGCUGUGAAGCAGUCAUGGGCAAUUCUGAACUGUGUCAUUAAAGUACAGAAUGAAGACCAUAAACCUGGAAACUCUAAAAUUCCGGUACCUAUGUACUUACUUAAGAACACUGUACAGGAUAACAAAAAACCUCCAGAAGUUUUAUACCCUCUACUUCCCACGGAUGUGGAAAAUGACCACACAAGACCAACAACUCCAAAAUUAUUCAAAGCAGACAGUCAGCCCCAGACAACACCCCCACCUGAUACACAGGAUACCUCUUGCUCAGAAGUGGUGGUUAUCCCAGGGGAAGCCACCUUUCUGCCGGAGGAUGUAAAAAAGAGAUUGGAACUUUGUAUCAAAAAGAAGGUCAACAGCCUUCUGAAGAAGGCCACAAGACAACAAAAGGACACUGUAAAAAAGGAUGAAGAAUUGAGCAUCAGGUUAAAAUUUCAAGCUGUAGAUACUAUGAAACUGCUUCAAACUGUGGAAUCUGUGUCAUUGGGUCCAGGGCCCCAAGUCAGUGAUUUUAAAGGACUGGUUCCAGAGUCGUCUGAUCAAGUUAUAGAUUUUUGGAAGCUGAACUCAGGGCCACAGGUUCAAGAGUUCCAGAUUCAAGAGACAAAUGAUGUGGAGCUAACUCCAGUGGUACAGAAGCAAAAUGUAGAUUUUUUGAAGAUCAAAGAUUCAAGUUCAGAGGUUCAAGAUAUGGAUUCUGUAACAACUUCAGUGCCAGAGAAAUAUGAUGCAGAUUCUAUGGAGUUGACCCCAGGAUCACCAGUUCAAGAUGUGGAUUCCACGGGGUCAAUCCCAGAGCCACAGAUUAAAAAUGUGGAUUCUGGAGGGCUGAUCCCAGGGUCACAGGUCAAACUCACAGAUUCCAAGAAGCUGGUCAAGGGGUCACAGGUCAAACUCACAGAUUCCGAGGGGCUGACUCUGUGGUCACAGGUCAAACUCACAGAUUCUGAGGGGCUGAUUCCUUGGUCACAGGUCAAACUUAAAGAUUCCAAGGAACUGAUCUUGGAGUCACAGGUCAAACUCACAGAUUCCAAGGGUCUGAUCCCAGGGUCACAGGUCAAACUCAUGGAUUCCAAGGGGCUGAUCCCAGGGUCACAGGUCAAACUCAUGGAUUCCAAGGGGCUGAUCCCAGGAUCACAGGUCAAACUCACAGAUUCCAAUGGGCUGAUCUCAGGGUCACAGGCCAGACUCUCAGAUUCUAAGAAGCUGAUCCCAGGGUCACAGGUCAGACUCACAGAUUCCAAGGUGCUGAUUCCAGGGUCACAGGCCAGACUCACAGAUUCCAAGGGGCUGAUCCCAGGGUCACAGGUCAAACUUAGAGAUUCAAAUGGGCUGAUCUCAGGGGUACAGGCCAGACUCACAGAUACCAAGGGACUGAUCCCAGGGUCACAAGUCAAACUCACAGAUUCCAAGGGGCUGAUUCCAUGGUCACAGGUCAAACUCACAGAUUCCAGGGGACCGAUCGCUGAGCCACAGGUCAAACUCACAGAUUCCAAGGAGUUAAUCUCAGGGUCACAAGUUCAAUUCACAGAUACCAAGAGCCUGAUUUCAGGGUCUCAGAUCAAACUCUCAGAUUCCAAGGAGCUGAUUCUAGGGACACAAGUCAUUUUCACAGAUUCCAAGGGGCUGAUCUCAGGGUCACAGGUGAAACUCACUGAUUCUGAGGGGCUAAUCCCAGAGUCACAGGUCAGACUCACAGAUUCCAAUGGGCUGAUCCCGGGGUCACAGGUCAAACUCAUAGAUUCCAAUGGGCUGAUCCCAGGGUCACAGGUCAAACUCAAAGAUUCCAAGGGGCUGAUAUCAUGGUCACAGGUCAAACUCACAGAUUCCAAGGGGCUGAUCGUGGAGUCACAGGUCAAACUCACAGAUUCCAAGGGACUGAUCUCAGGGUCACAAGUCAAACUUACAGAUUCCAAGGGGCUGAUUCUGGGGUCACUGAUUCCAGAAUCACAGGUCAAACUUAAAGAUUCCAAAGGGUUGAUCUCGGGGUCACAAGUCAAACUCUCAGUUUCUAAGGGGCUGACUCCAGAGUCACAGGUCAAACUCACAGAUUCCAAAGGGUUAAUCUCGGGGUCACAAGUCAGACUCUCAGAUUCCAAGGGGUUGAUUCCAGGGUCACAAGUCAAACUCAAAGAGUCAAAGGGGCUGAUUCCAGGGACACAGGUCAAACUCACAGAUUUCAAGGGGUUGAUGGCAGGGUCACAUGUCAAACUUAUAGACUCUGAGGAGUUGAUUCAGGGCUCACAAGUCAAACUCACAGAUUCCAAGGGGGUGAUCCCAGGUUCACAAGUCAAAUUUACAGAUUCCAAGGGGCUGAUUCUGGGGUCACUGAUUCCAGGGUCACAAGUCAAACUCACAGAUUCCAAGGGGCUGAUGCUGGAGUCACAGGUCAAAUUCACAGAUUCUGAAGGGUUGAUUCAGGGCUCACAAGUCAAACUCACAGAUUCCAAGGGGCUGAUGCUGGAGUCACAGGUCAAACUCACAGAUUCUGAGGGGUUAAUUCAGGGCUCACAAGUCAAACUCACAGAUUCUAAGGGGCUGAUCCCAGGUUCACAAGUCAAAUUCACAGAUUCCAAGGGGCUGAUUCCAGGAUCACUGAUUCCAGGGUCACAAGUCAAACUCAUAAAUUCCAAAGGGCUGAUGCUGGAGUCACAAGUCAAACUCACAGAUUCUGAGGGGUUGAUUCAGGUUUCACAAGUCAAACUCACAGAUUCCAAGGGGCUGAUCCCAGGUUCACAAGUCAAAUUCACAGAUUCUGAAGGAUUGAUUCAGGGGUCACAAGUCAAACUCACAGAUUCCAAGGGGCUGAUUCCAGGGUCAUUGAUUUCAGGGUCACAAGUCAAACUCACAAAUUCCAAAGGGCUGAUGCUGGGGUCACAGGUCAAACUCUCAGAUUCUGAAGGAUUAAUUCAGGGGUCACAAGUCAAACUCACAGCUUCCAAGGGGCUGAUCCCAGGUUCACAAAUCAAAUUCACAGAUUCUGAAGGGUUGAUUCAGGGGUCACAAGUCAAACUCACAGAUUCCAAGGGGCUGAUCCCAGAUUCACAAGUCAAAUUCACAGAUUCCAAGAGGCUGAUUCCAGGGUCACUGAUUUCAGGAUCACAAGUUAAACUCACAAAUUCCAAAGGGCUGAUGCUGGAGUCACAGGUCAAACUCACAGAUUCUGAAGGAUUAAUUCAGGGGUCACAAGUCAAACUCACAGAUUCUAAGGGGCUGAUCCCAGGUUCACAAGUCAAAUUCACAGAUUCCAAGGAGUUGAUUCCAGGGUCACUGAUUUCAGGGUCACAAGUCAAACUCACAAAUUCCAAAGGGCUGAUACUGGGGUCACAAGUCAAACUCACAGAUUCUGAGGGGUUGAUUCAGGUUGCACAAGUCAAACUCACAGAUUCCAAGGGGCUGAUCCCAGGUUCACAAGUCAAAUUCACAGAUUCCAAGGGGCUGAUUCCGGGGUCACUGAUUUCAGGGUCACAAGUCAAACUCACAAAUUCCAAAGAGCUGAUACUGGGGUCACAAGUCAAACUCACAGAUUCUGAGGGGUUGAUUCAGGUUGCACAAGUCAAACUCACAGAUUCCAAGGGGCUGAUCCCAGGUUCACAAGUCAAAUUCACAGAUUCCAAGGGGCUGAUUCCGGGGUCACUGAUUUCAGGGUCACAAGUCAAACUUACAAAUUCCAAAGAGCUGAUGCUGGGGUCACAGGUCAAACUCACAGAUUCUGAAGGGUUGAUUCAGGUUGCACAAGUCAAACUCACAGAUUCCAAGGGGCUGAUCCCAGAUUCACAAGUCAAAUUCACAGAUUCUAAGGGGCUGAUUCCAGGGUCACUGAUUUCAAGGUCACAAGUCAAACUCACAAAUUCCAAAGGGCUGAUGCUGGAGUCACAGGUUAAACUCACAGAUUCUGAGGGGUUGAUUCAGGUUUCACAAGUCAAACUCACAGAUUCCAAGGGGCUGAUCUCAGGGUCAGAGGUCAAACUCACAAAUUCUAAAGGACUAAUCCUAAAGCCAAAAGAUCAAGUCAUAGAUUCUGUAGAAUUGACUCCAUGGCCACGUAUUCAAGGUGUGGAUUCUGUGGAAUUGACUUCAAAGUCAGAGAUUCCAGUCACAGAUCCUAAGCAAUUGACUCUCAAGCUACAGUCCCCAGUUGAUUUUCUCCAGGGCUCCAUACCACUAUACAUUUCAGAGUCUGGUAGAAUGACAGUUAAUCUGAAACAAGGCCUUCAUGCCUCUAAAGCACGGGAGAUUCUGAGAACAAUGGUAAGAGACUUGAAUGGGAGCAUACUCCUUCAAAAAUCUUUUACUUUCCGAAUAUCUAGCAAAUUUCCCAAUACAGCACAAUCUUCAACUCUUCCCAGGGUUCUAGCUGGGCAGCCCUCACAUUCCUUACACCAGUGGAGGCUGAGUCCUCAAAGCCUAUUCCAGGCUCCUAUAUUCUCAUUUCGGAGAUCAGAUCAGAGUUUCAACCAAGAAGGAUUAAGGACCCCAAUAGCUCUGAAAUGGCCUGUCUCAGGAAGGCAAGUAAAGGCCCGGAAGCAGCGAAUUUCAAAGGGAAGAGUGACAAGGAGAAAAUCAUCCUCUACUUCCAUGUUAAGGAAGAACCUGUGGGCUAAGAUGCAGCAAGCACAUCACGUCCAGGCAGAUCAAAACCAAAGACCAUCUCAAGUUGCCUCUCCACAUGCCCCAAAUCAACAUUUUAGUCCAUCAAGACAAACAAUGGUUUCUGAGGGCUGGCAAGAGAAGAUUAUGGGUACCCCUCCUGGGACUUCACUUUCUAACGAUAUUCAGAAAGAUACCCUAUGCCAACUUUGUAGGAAGAACCUGUCUUUCAAUGAUCAUACCCUAUGCCAACUCUGUAGGAAGAAGCUACCUUUCAAUGAACAGCUAGAGAAUUUCAAGUCCACAUCUCAGGACUAUCCUAACUUGACCACAAAAGGAGCCCAGGACAGCAAUAAACCUGUGGAGAGAAGGAAGGAAAUGGAACAAAUAUCCUCAGACAUAAGGGUGCUGCCUCAGAGUACGAGUCCACAACUGCCUUCCUCCCACAAGAUACCUAGUACUGAGAACACAGCUUCAGUGGAGCAGAAAGAAAAACCAGGUAUCAGCUCACAAGUAAGAACCUCUAAACCUCUGUCAGUAACUCCUCCCCAUGAACAGACCCAGCUACUACAGGAUCUGCAGCUGAAAAUAACACAACAGCUCCUAAAGAAUCAACUGUCUCCCCAUUUCACUCCAUCCCUAACUAAAGGUAUGUUUCUACAAUACCCUAUCUGUCUGCAGUGUGGCAGAUGUUCAGGCCCCAGUUGCCCCCACAAGUUUCAUGAUACUUCUGGACCUUGGCUUCUUAUUUAUCCACAACUUCGCCUUUUUCGUAACUCGGAGGGACAUGGGGAAUUUCGGGUUCAACUUGGUUUUAAAUUGAGAAACCGAACCCAAAUCCCAAAGCAGCAAAGAGAAAUAGGGUCUCUGGUGCCAAUGGGACAUGUAUCAUCACAGCCUGACACAUUAGAUAAGAGGAAGAGUAAGGUCUGUACCUGCCAUGUCACCAAGAAAAAUCUUAUUUUAAGUCCCUACCCUAAAACAAAUUUAGGACACCAACCUUUCCAGACUCUUGAGUCUUCCCAAACCUCUGGCCCUAUUCAAAUUCAUAUUAAAAGAAAUUUACCUAGCAGGCGAGUAGAGGUUACAAAAGCAAAAUGUGAAGAGCCUGACCAUUAUAACUUUAUAAAAAUCCAUUCUUUACUGAAUACUGAUAGCAAAGGUUAUUGGGCUAAGGGAGUCAAACGGAUCCUUAACUCAGAGCAAAUGAAGAGCCCCAAGGAGAUCAGAACCACAACUCAUAAAAUUCAAAGAGUGUCUAGACAGAGUAUCCCCAAGGAUAGAGAGAGACAUUCAGGGAGAAGAACUAUGGAGGUCCAAAAAGAAGCUCCUCCAGGCAGACAUUCUGAGGAGUCCACAGGAUUCAUGCAAUGGCUCUGCCUCGGUAUAAAGAAAGCACUAGGUAUAGCUUGUCCUCCAAAGACUUCAUUGCAACAGAUGCAAGCUCCUUGGGAGAGUCCAUCCAGUCAGCAAGGCUCAGUUUCUUCUGAACAAUCUCAUGUACAACAAGACUCCAAAAAUGUGGGGAAGCAGUGGGUCAAAUCUCUAAAAACAACUUGCCUCACCACUAAAAUGGAGAGGAAGAAGCCAGAGAAGGAUGACAAGAAAAGACAAAGAUUCACACUACUUCCUAGGGUUCCGAAGAAUAUCAAGGUUAACCAAUCUAGAUUAUAUUUUAAAUCCACAUACAAAUCAACAUCAUCGCACAGCUCCACAUCCCCAGUUCCGGAGAGCAACACGAUUUCCCAUUCUAAAUCAUCACACCAGAAAACAUCUCCAGGUCAAGAGAAGAGCGGUGGUGGAGCUCUGAAUUCCAACAAAACUAAAAAUAGCCAGGAGCAUCAAGUUAUUCCAGGAGGACCAAUGUCAAAACAGAAGAUCCAGCAGCAAGAUGCUGGGGGGGAUAGAACAGGUAAAGUGUCUUGGAAAGACACCUACAGUUUGAAAGGCAGGUUCGGUUCCUCGCCCUGAAGCAAAGAAGAUCUGGAGUGCUACCAAGAAAAAUCAAGUACUCAAAUUUUUGCUCUUCUCCAGGCCAAUCUAGGCUUUCCCUUCACUGCCACUCCUUCACCCCAUUUGCAUGAUCCCUAAACACGAGUUUAAGGAAAGAAGGAAAUUACGUGCAGUGUGAGGGGGGAGCAAGAGGGUCUGUAACUUCUCCUGAAUAAAAUGAGAAGUAAAUACGGCCGUGUUGAUCUGUAUGAGUCCCUCCUAAUCCACAAGGACAGCUGGUGGCAGAUCUGCCCUCAGGAACCAGUUGUACGACCUUGGGCAAGUCAUUUAACCGGGUUUGCCUCAGGAAGGAAACGGCAAACCACUCUAGUAACUCUGCCAAGAAAACUCCAAAUGGGGUCAUGAAGAGUCGGACACGAUGGAACAACUAUAAAGCACCAGCCACCACCCACGGUCCUGAGCUCAAGUGCAGAUCUAGAUUCAAAUCUCGACUCUUGUUUCUUAUCUAGAAUCACAUCCUCCUUUUAGUCCUAUUUUCCUAUCUGUUUAAAAGGUGGGGGGGAAUUAAGAAGGGUGAUUGCACUAAGCGGUCUCAAAAGUAUCUUCUGCUUCAUUCUAACAGCCAAGAGCAAUUUAAAACUCUUAAGAACUCUACAUUUAAAAAAAGGGGAAAUAUCAU